AAGAAACCGUUACCGAACCAAUUGAAAUCGGUAACCGAAAUUUCCAGAUUUUGUUGUUACUGAAAUAACCGGUUCGGUAUCGGUUUGGUCUUAUUGAUAUCAACCCUAUUAUUAUGUUCAUGUACUGGUUCACUUCAGUUUUUGGGUAAUAAUCUCAUUUGGUAGGAUUUACGAUACAUUGCCAAAGAUGUCAGCUGGUAAUGAAUGGUAUUUUAAUAACAAAAAAGAAUCCGCAAAUCUGAAUAAGAAAAAGAUUGUACAACCUUCUGCUGAGUUUAACAGACAUACUCUUAACUUUUCUCACGCAUGGAGUAGUUUGCAUCUUUAUACCUUCUCAAAUCGAAGUACCAUGGCAGCCAUUUACAGCCUCUACAUCAUCAACAAAUCAGGUGGCCUCAUUUUUUAUAAGGAUUAUGGUUCGGCUGGAAGAAUGGAUACAAAUGAUAGUUUGAGACUAGCGAGCUUAUGGCACUCUAUGCACGCCAUCUCUCAGCAGCUUUCGCCCAUUUCCGGGUGCUCUGGAAUCGAGCUGCUUCAGGCUGAUACAUUCGAUCUUCACUGCUUUCAGUCUCUCACAGGUACGAAGUUCUUUGUGGUCUGUGAGCCUGGAACUCUGCACAUGGAAGCUCUAUUGAAGCAUAUAUACGAGUUGUACACGGAUUAUGUUCUGAAGAACCCAUUCUAUGAGAUGGAGAUGCCUAUCCGGUGUGAGCUGUUUGACAUUAAUUUGGCCCAAGCUGUGCAAAAAGACCGUGUUUCUCUAUUGGGCAGAUGAUUUUCGUGGCCCAUCACUACCUGAGUAUGAACGAUUUCAUUUUCCAUACUGAAAUUUGUUUCUCUCAAAUUCGAACAUAAUGGCAGAAGGUUUGGAUGAUGCUUUGGGUGGGAUAUUUUGUGCUGUCAAUAUCUUGUUAGUUAUCGAUUGCCUUUUUUCGGGCUAUCAGCCUUGUCUUCCAUGUACACUCAGUCUCCUUACUUUGAACUUGUUAAAGAAUUUUCUUCAUUUGAUCUCUGAGGAUCAACAACCAUGAUUUUGGUUGCAUAUAGUAACUCUGCAGUGGAUUUCGGGGAGAGAGAAGGAAAUAAGUAAGUUGAUUAGGGCAUGCUUGUUUAUGA